AUGAAACCGUCGCUACUAAAAUUUAUAGGAAUGAAUUAUAGCUUUUUACGCGAAAAUAAUAUUAAACCAAUAGACAAUGAUUUUAUAUUUCUUUUUGAUAUCGAUGAUACAUUAUAUAAAGCUUCUGAAAAUAUGAAAAAAGCAGAGCUAGAAGCUUUUGAAUUGGCUUACAAUACUUUUAAACAUAAAAAUAAAAAUGCCCCCAAUUUUGCUCGCUUUUACGCGGAAUCACAUAUCUGUGUCGAGCGUUUUCACUUUUACUUUAACAUAUCGCCGAUAGAAGCUGAACAGGCUAGAAAAUUUGAUUUUAAAAAGUUUAUAAAAAAAGACAAAAAUUUAAAAAACUGUCUUGACAAGAUUCCGUACAGAAAAUGGUGCUUUACAAAUGGUACUAGGGCUAGAGCCGAGACCAUUUUGGCAGAACUCGGUCUAUUAAAUUCUUUUGAAGGAGUAAUCUGUUUAGAUGGUGAAUUAUCUGAUGAAAGUUGCUUGGGUAAACCUUAUGAUAAUGCUUACAAAUUUGUAGAAGAAUUGUUAAAAAUAAAUGAUCCUAAAAAAGUAUAUUUUUAUGAUGAUUCGAGUAAUAAUAUUGCAGCAGGUCUAAAAAGAGGAUGGAAUUCAACAUUAAUAGGUCAAGAUGAUAAUCUCGUUCUAAUACUUGAAAAUGAUUUAGAAAAUAUAUUAAACGACAUUGAUCGCUAA